GUCCUCCCAAAAAGCCCUCUAAUUGUGGCUCCGGCCUGGGCGAGGACGCAUCCUCAGUCUCUGCCAACAUGGCCGUCCAGGCAGAGGCGCCGGCAGCUAUCGACAAGCUGGCACCCAGGACCGGAGUCAACGAGAAGGCCAAAGUGAUUGUGCUUGGUGCGGGUAUCUCUGGCCUCCGCGCCGCAUCUGUGCUCCAGCGCCAUGGCCUGGACGUCACUAUCGUUGAAGCUCGCGACCGCAUCGGUGGACGCAUACAGACUACGAGAAACGAAAAAGGCGUACCAAGAGAUAUUGGCGCUGCAUGGUGCCACGAGACAAGCCAGAAUCCUCUGGUCAAACUAAUCUCGAAGCUGAAGCUCGACUACUACUAUGAUGAUGGGCUCCCUCUGUACUACACGGAGCACGGUCGAGCUGGUGCUCAGGCCAAGUUCAAAAAAGUGGCCGACGAAGCUGCAGAUCAUAUGGAGUGGUACUAUGAAACGCACCCAGAAGCGCCUGAUCAACCCGUGUCUGACUUUGUGAACGCGUUCGUUGCAAAGCACGAGCUCAUCACCGAUGAUGAGCGCUUGUGGGCUCCACAGGCAUUCAAAGAAGUUGAGUUGUGGAUCGGAACUUCGAUCGAGACCGCCUCUUCCAAACAUCUCUCCUACUUCAUUACCGAACGCAAUCUGUACAUGAAAGGUGGUUACGAUGCCAUCGUCAAAUGGACCGCCGAUUGUCUCCUUCCAAACUCCAUUCAGCUCAACAGCACUGUCGACAGCAUUGCAUGGACUGAAGAUGGCUCAAAGAAAUGUGCCGUCGAGUAUCACGACGACGAAGGAAAUGUGCAUGUCGUUGAAGCCGAUGCCGUUGUCUCUACCUUGCCGCUCGGUGCUCUCAAGCGAAACCUGGUCCACUUCGAUCCACCAUUGCCAAGCGACAUGCAGCUCGCCAUCUCCAAGUUCAGCUAUGGAGCUCUAGGCAAAGUGUUCUUCGAAUUUGCUGAUGUCUUUUGGAGUAAGGAGAAUGAUCAGUUCGUGUACUUCCCAUCUCCCCCGGAGCUGGAUGCCGAUCAGUAUUCGACGUCACCUGGCUCGAGCAGCUCUGACGAACAGUAUUCCAUCUUGAACUAUGCCACUGUUACCAUCAAUCUCUGGAUCAUGACCGGAGGAAAGGAGCUCUGUAUCCAGAUCGCCGAGCCUUUGACGCAGCGCAUCGAGGCCAUGACCAACAAGAAGGAAAUCUACAAGUUUUUCGAACCCCUUUUCAAGCUUCUCCGCACUGAGCCAUACAAGUCUCUCCCUCGUCUCAUCGACGUUGAGACCACGCACUGGUCCCAGGACCCACUGGCUGGAUAUGGCUCCUACUCCGCCGACAAGGUUGGUGACGAUCCUGACCUGUUGAUGGAUGCUCUCGAGAACCACAAAGGCUCGCGACUCCAAUUCGCUGGAGAGCACUGUACUCUGACUGGCAACGGAUGUGUGCACGGAGCUUUUGCUACCGGCGAGACCGCCGCAAAGAACCUCUUGAACAGUCUCGGCGUUGAACAUGAUGGUGGAGAUUUUGUCAGUCUUCACUAAGCGAUGCAUUUGCAUAGGAAUGGCGUUGUCGAUACCGUUGAGUUCAUGCUGCAUUCUACUUACGACAAACCACAGGUGAUUUAGCACAGUAUCUCAUAGCACGGCAAUAUCAAUUCUUUUCGAGCA